AUGAGAGUUUGGACGCAUUGCCACCGUUGCUUGACCCGUUCAAACUUGGGCUGGCCAAGAAAUUUACCUCCGAGCUUCUUUGCGUCUUCUAGACCGAGCCCGAUACCCGCCCAUGAAUGCACGGUAGUUCCGCCAAUGUUAACUGAUGCUAUUCCCGUCGAGGCCGUUAUAGCGAGACCUGGGUGGCCCCGCCCACCACGCACUCGAAUUAUUUCCCGCAAGAGAACAGAUUUACCGAAUUACGCACCUGCAGACCCGGUAAAGAACACAUUCUCGCCACGCUCGACUUUUCGAAGCACGUUUUUUUGCUCCUCUGAAAGAACAAUACUCUCCGUUGAAGGUCCAGGUGUACAUGUCUCAAUGGGAGUCUCGCGUCCUUCAAAGCCUGUUGGUGGUUGCUUCUCUGCUUUCGCUUGA